UGCCCGCUCUGUCUUCUCUGUUGAUAUCAUCUCUCACAUUCUCUUUAUCUCUCUUUCUCAUGUACACCUUCCAUCCCUUUACCCUCUUUCUACUCUCUACCCGCCAUCAUCCUCUCCUUUUUUUCUUAGCUUUAUUUAUCCUCUGCCUGUCUCUCUUCCUCCCACAGAUGCACCCAAGAACACCUCGAUGUUAUCCUCUCCCUGUCUCUCUUCCUCCCACAGAUGCACCCAAGAACACCUCGGUGUUGGCCCGUCCCUCCAACGUGAUCGACUCGGGCGUCUCGCUGACCCUGACAUGCAGCAGCCAGGCCAACCCGGCGGUGGAGAACUACACCUGGUACCGGAUCAAUGCCGCUGACGCCUGGGAAACCCGAUCAGGCCCUAGCUACACCAUCGCUGAGGUCAGCCCCCGAGCCAGCGGCCAGUACUACUGCGAGGCCCGCAACCGAAUCGGCACCCACAGCUCGCCUGUUCUCACCGUGCGAGUGCGAGGUCGGCUGAAGGUGAUCGCCCUGGCCUCUGCCAUGGGCGUGUCUGUCGGGCUCAUCUCUCUCACUGUGGCCGUCAUGAUCAGCAAGAACAUGCACCGAGUGGACUCAGAACCGCAGGGGCACAUCAAACAGCAGAGGUCAUCUGUGAUGCCUGAGACGCUCUUCUAUGAGUCGCCACAGGAAACCUUUCAGCUCAGGAGCUCCAAGAUGACAGACAUUCCGGAGGAGCCAGAGGAGUCUUGUGAUGACUCUGAAAGCACAGACAGCCUGCACCCAUCCAUCGUGCCCUUGACAGAGGUCACGCAGAGCACAGAGGAUGAUGGCAAGCUCAAUUACAUCACUGUUCAUUACGCCAGGAUGCCCAGUUUGGACCAGGUGCAGAUCACUCAUCUACCACUAGAUGGCAAUAAAGGGAGUAGGGAUCGAUCUAAUGUAAUUUACUCCGUCCUAUCCAAUGAGCAGCCAUGAAGGUUAGACUUUGAAGGCAACCCCCAGUGAGUGUUGGCAGGAGUGAAGUUGGCAUCUCUCUGUCCUGUUCGCCCAGUGGAACAGUACCCUAAGCUGACUUCACUAGUCAUGUGAUGAGAGUGCUGCUGUGUGUGUGUCUAUUUGUCAAUGGCUAUUUUGCUACAGUCAACAAUAGUGAAUCUUCAUGUGAUUGUUCAGUCAUCUCUGAGAAAAAUAAGUACCUUAACAACUGAAAUUAUGCAAUUGAAUUUUUUUUUUUUGCACAAGAUGUAA